AUGGCGUCUUUCGCACCGGGACUGCGAAGGCUCGCCCUCAAGGCGUCGCCUUCGCUGUUCGUAUGCCGACAAUGCCAGCGCCAGCAGCCGCAAUGGCGCUCCUCGUCUUCCCGAAUCCUUGACAUCGUACGAUCCCAGCAGCAGCAGCAGACCCGAUGCUUCAACCAGACCAAGGCGCCUCUGAGCUUUAGCAGCAACGCCGUCGUCGACAAGACCUCUCCGAUUAUCCAGCAAGCCACCGAGGCGGCCAAGGACACCGUCAAGAAGAGCGCCUGGCCCGAGACGAACUCCAAGUCGGUGGCCUACUGGCUUCUUGGUUCCGCCGUCAGUGUCUUUGGUAUCGUUGUCUGGGGUGGUCUUACGAGGUUGACUGAAUCUGGCUUGAGUAUCACCGAAUGGCGUCCCGUAACCGGUUCCAUGCCCCCUCGUAAUGAAGCCGACUGGGAAUCCGAAUUCGAAAAGUACCGCGCCUCUCCCGAGUUCAAGCUCCUCAACCCGCACAUGACCAUGGACGAGUUCAAGAAGAUCUACUUCAUGGAGUGGUCUCACCGCCUCUGGGGCCGCUUCAUCGGAAUGUCCUUCGUCCUGCCGACCCUGUACUUCAUCGCCCGCCGCCGCGUCACGCCCAAGAUGGCCCUCAACCUCUGCGGAAUCUCCUGCCUCAUCGGCUUCCAGGGCUUCAUCGGCUGGUGGAUGGUCAAGUCCGGCCUCAAGGACGAUCUCUUCGCUCCCGGCUCCCACCCCCGCGUCUCCCAGUACCGCCUGACCGCCCACCUCGCCACCGCCUUCGUCUGCUACUCCUGGAUGCUCAUGACGGCCCUGUCCAUCUUCCGCACGCGCCGCCUGCUCGCCGACCCUGUCGCCGCCUCUAAGGCCCUCGCCGCGCUGCAGAACCCGGCCAUCAAGACCUUCCGCCGCCUCUCCUUCGCCCUCGUCGCCCUCGUCUUCACGACCGCCAUGUCCGGCGCCCUCGUCGCCGGCCUCGACGCCGGCCUCAUCUACAACGAGUUCCCCUACAUGGGCCUCGGCCUGACACCUCCCGCCAAGGAGCUCUGGGACAAGUUCUACUCCCGCAAGGAGGACGGCUCCGACCUCUGGUGGCGCAACAUGCUCGAGAACCCCAGCACCGUCCAGCUCGACCACCGCAUCCUCGCCAUGACCACCCUGACCGCCAUCCUUUCCCUCUUCGCCUACUCCCGCACCGGCCGCGUCGCCGCCGCCCUCCCCAAGGACGUCAAGAAGGGCGUCCUCGGCACCGUCCACCUCGUCCUGCUGCAGGCCACCCUCGGCAUCAGCACCCUCAUCUACAUCGUCCCCACACACCUGGCCGCGACGCACCAGGCCGGCGCCCUGGCCCUGUUGACCGGCGCCCUGGUCUUGGGUCACCGUCUGCGCGUGCCCAAGUCCACCCUCGCCAUGGUCCAGAAGCGGAUCAAGGCCAUGAACAUCAAGCCUUGA